AUGUCGCACGAGGCCCUCAAUCCCAUCCACCCCUCCGUUCUCCCCCACCUCGACCCCGUGUUUAUCGAUCUCUACAAUAAACACGUCGCCAAUACGCCAGCGGGCCCAAUUGACCUGUCCGUUUUGCGUACAAAAUACUCCGUCCUUUAUUCCUAUGGCACCGGCCCUGCCCCCGAACCCGCGCGAGUCUACGAUAGCAAAGUCCCCGGCCACAAUGGCGAUUUGAUUCCCGUGCGAGUGUACGAACCCGCAUCGCCUGGUCCAUGGCCAGUUCACAUCGAUUUUCACGGUGGAGGCUGGGGACUCGGCGACCUAGACACAGAAUCGCACAUCUGCAAACACAUCUGCGUCAAGGCCAAUGUCUGCGUAAUUGAUGUCGACUACCGGCUUGUCCCAGAACACGCCUUCCCAAUCGGCGUGCAAGACUCCUUCGCCGCCCUCCAACACAUCGCCACCAACGGCACCAAAUUCAACAUCGACACCACCCGAAUCUCACUCGGCGGCGUCUCCGCCGGCGCGAACAUCGCCCUCGUCUGCGCACACCUAGCCCGUGAUGCCAGCAUCGACCUCAAACUAAUCGCAGUCGGCACACCAGUCGUGGACGACAUCUCAAAAUACAGUUCCGCCUCCGACGCCCCCUGGCCCUCAAUGAAAGAAAUGGAGCACGCGCCAACACUAAACUGGGCCAGGUUGAAAUGGUUCGACAAUCUCAAGUGGCAAAGCAUUGCGUCUGACGGGGACCAGCGCGAGAAGCAAUUGGCUGCGGUGAAGUGGUACGCGAAUAUCCUCCUCGCGCCGGACUUUACAAAUCUUCCCAAGACGGUUAUUUACACUGCGGGGUGUGAUCCGCUGCGCGAUGAGGGGGAGGCGUAUGCGCGCAAGUUGAUUGAGGGAGGGAAUGAGGUUGUUCAGAAGAGGUUUGCGGGCGUGCCGCAUCCAUUUAUGCAUAUGGAUAAGGAUUUGUGGCAGGCCAAAGACUUUAUUGAUAUGACGGCGGAUCAUAUUCGGACUACGCUGAAUGGGUGA